UUGUUCGUUUCGUUUUUUCGUUAGUUCUGGCGCGGCGAUGGUAACUGUGUGUACGUGUCGACGAUGUCUCGUAAUUUGUAUAAUAUUAUUUUCAUAAAUCGUUUACGUUGUUUUUUCUACGCUGUUAAUUUAUAAUAAUAAAUUCGUAAAUAUUCGAUCGGUGAAUGGUGCUGUGACGAGAUAUUGUUUUAUUUAUUCGUAUUUUUUAGCGUAAAUUGAUAAUAAUAAUAAUAUUGUAAGAUCGUGUGUUGUAUUCUUUCUUCGUAUUUCGUAUUUCGUUUCUCGUUUGUGUGGUUGUUCGUGGUUUGUGUGUGUGUACGUGUGUUUCGAGCAGAUCCAAGUGAAGAAUAAUAACGACGAAAAAAAUUGAGAAAGGCGAAGAUUGCAGCGAUGGCGAUGGCCGUAGUGAAUAGUAAUUUUCCAUAUUUCAAUUUACCCAGCAAUGGCGUCAUCGGUGGCGGCGUCGGCGGCGGUAAUAGCACCGGCGGUGGUCAUCAAAACAAUAGUUGUGCCAGUGUCAGUAUGAAUAGCGGUGGUCGAACGUUGAUAUCGAGCAAUUUGAAAGAUUUCACGAAACCGUUACACGUCGACUGUAGCGUGGAAUACGAGCUGCCGAAUUCGGCGAAGCCGCCGAUCGGUACGAAAAACGAGCCUUUGUUAAUGAUCCAUCCGUCGUAUUACAGACGCGAAGAAAGCCAAAAUCGUAGUCCGUUUAUUAAUAAUUUACCUCAAAGGAUAACCAACUACAUGAGCAGCGGCAGCCAAAGCACCAGCAGUCAAGGCAGCAGCAGUAGCAGCAGCCGACAGCAACGUUCGCAAAUGCGAGCUUUGGCGGCGGCGGCGGCCGCAGCUGCGGCGUAUUCUCAGCCAGCGGUGGCGGUGGCCAAAACAGCGGCUUCAUCUCAUUCUCAGCAGCAAAUGACGUCGUGUAAUUCGAAAUCGGCCACCGGUAUCGGCGGCAGACCGCCUUUAAUAUGUUCUUCAAACGAGGCUGUGAAUUGUAACACCGAUCGAGGUAUAUUUAGAAGGAGCCCGAUGACUGCAGCCGCCAAUUCGGCCGACUUAAGCUUACAUAGUGAUAUUCAAACCGUAGUACCCGAUGCCAGAUUUUUAACUGUGAUGAAGGAUAAUAAAUCGUUCAUAACAGAUAUUUUACCUUCAGUAUGUCAAGAAGUCAACAACAACACCAGCAGCAACAACAGUAUCAGCAACAGUAGCAGCAACAACAACCACCACAACAAUUCUAGCGUAUCAGCAAAAACGUUGAGUAGUAAUGGCGGCGCUGCUUCUUCGAUAGCUUCAUCUGGCGGUGGCGUAAUUAGUCGAAAGCAACGUUCAAUGGCGGCGUUGGCCGGUCACCAGCAACACCAACAGCAACAACCAGCGGUUGGCGUAGCGGCUGUGGCACCAUCGGCGGUCGCCUGCUCCGGCUGCAAUCCGUGCAUGGAAGGCGACCCAUGCUCCGGCUACAUGCUGUCUUCAUCUUCGGCAGCGGCUGUCUCGCAGCAUCAUCGUCAUCGAAUGCAGCAACAACCCUGGUCCGGUAUGACGGCUCCGCAAUUCGCCGCCUUCCCGACUACAUCAGGCGGCGGUAAGUUGCGCAAGAGCACGAUGGACUCGCCGGCAGCGGCCGCUCCGGCAUCUGUUGUGGGGUCGAAUACCUCGCUGACGCAGAAACGUACCACGCCAUGGCCACCCAAUGAAACCAACAUGAAUGCCGCCAAGCGAAGUAAACUCUCCAUGGUAAGCGAUCACCACAACCAUCAUCAUCAUAAUAAUAAUAAUCAUAAAUCCAAUACGGCGGCCGCCGCUGCUGCUGCUGCUGCAGCUGCCGCAGCAGCGGCCGCAGCCGCAGCGGCCAGCACUAAUUUGUAUUCGGCUUCGGCGGCCGCUAAUUUCACUCAAUGGUGUAAUAACAUUUUACCAAAUUAUUCGGCGACUACGGCUGCUGCGGCCAAUGCUACGCCCGCCGUCGCAGCCACCGCCGCCGCGUCCGCCGCUGACUGCUGUAAGGUUUGCCAGCAGCAGCAGUGGAAUUACACGAGUCAUUGUCGGGCGGCCAGCGCCGCUAAUACCGCCUCCAGUAUUAUAUGGAAUAAUGAAAAUAUGCUUAGGUUAUUUCAAGUCUGAUGUUUAUUUUUAAAACGCGUUAUUUCGAUGAUUAUUAUUACUAUUAUUUAUACGAUUAGUACCUACUAUUUCUUGUUUUUCGCCCUGUUUACUCUUGUCUCGUCUUUUUCCUUGUUUCGUUUUAUUUUUCGAGUGCGUUUUUCUUCUUUUUUUGACGGAAUUAGUCUUUGUUUUUCGUUUACGAACUUGAGGUUUUUUCGUGUCGUUUUUUGAAAACUUGUAUUAAGGAGAUCUCGAAUCUCAAAGAUUUGGGUAUCGAAACUUUCAAAAAAAAAAAAAAAAAAAAAGUUACAAAUGAGUUCAGAAUUUAAAAACAAUUUCGGUUAUCAAAAUUUACCUAAUUCGAGUUCAAAAAUUGAAAAAAAAACCUACAAUGCUGCAAAAUAUCGAUAUUUUUUAUUAGUGGGUAAUUUAAAAAUCGAAAAGUCAUCGACGAGAAACGAUUUCGUACCCACAAUACAUUGACUGACGAUUCGAAUCGAUAAAUGAUCGAUAAUGAAAAAAAAAAAAAUGAAAAAAUUUGUGAAAAGUAUAAUGAGGUAUAUGAUAUCCGAUUACUUGAUUACUAUACUUGAUUAUUUUUAUGUACUACGUAUUUAUAAUACAAACAUAUACACUGUAGUUACCUAGAACAUGUUUUUGUUUUGUGAUAAAUUUAUGCCAGCUUCGAGUUAGCUGCGUUUCUGUACAUGUACAGUGUUUGUACGAUAAUUUAUAAUUAUUAAUUAAUUACUCGUGUGUAUUUAAGAGACGAACGUAUUUAAUUCGGAUAUAGGUAAUUUUAGCGUAAUACCAGGUAUCUACUUUUUUUUUAUUACUAUAUUUUUUUUUUGUACGACAAAACGAGAGAGAAGAUUAUGAUUUUUCCUUUUUCCUCCUCCUUUUUUUUUUGUACAGUAUUGUGAUUUAGAUGUACAAAGCUUGAAUUUUUUCCAGUCAUAUGUUGUAUACGUGAAAUCGUUUACUUUCCUUAUUUCGUAUUUUUUUUUUUUUUUUUGUCUUAUUCGCCAAAUUAGUCUUACAGUUAGAUAAGUUAUUGUGCCUAAAUAAGUUGACGUUUUGGUCUGGAUUGUCAACCAUUCAGUCCUAUUCCCCCCCCCCCCCCCCCCCCACUCCUCCAUUUGAACUCUCAACCUCUCAAAUCUUUUUUCCAAGUUUUUUUUUUUUUUUUUUUUUUGAAAACAGUUUUUGUUCAAGUUAUGACAACAAGUUUUUCAAAAUUUGAAUUUUUCUAUUUUUUUUUUUUUUUUUUUUUUUUUGAAAUGUAGGUAACUCUUGAAUGUUGGAAGUUUUUUAAAAUCAAAUUUGCCAAUUUUUUUUCUUAGAAAUCUGACAAGUCUGUUUUUCUAUCUUUUGAUUAUUUUUCCAAAAUAAUUCUUGCCCAAAAAUUUUAACUAAAAUUUGCCAAUUUUUUUCAAAUUUGACAGUUACAAUUUUAAUUUAAAAAUUCAUCAAUGUUUUCUCAAUUCGAAGUUUUUCUUACAAAAAUUGGUAGUCUUUUCUUCUUAUUUCACUUUUUUUUUCAAAAUUUUUGAAAUAGUUGUCAAAAAAUCCAAUUUUUUGAAAAAGUUGUCAAAAAAAAGUCCAUUUUGAAAAAGUUGUCAAAAAGUAUCAAUUCUUGAUGAGUACGAUUAUCAAACAAUCUCAAUUUUUGAAAAAGUUGUCUAGAAAGUUCAAUUUUUGAUACAAUUGUCAAAAAAAGCCAAUUUUUGAAAAAAUUGUCGAAAAAUCUAAUUUUCAAAAAAAAAGGUUGUCAAAAAAUGUCAACUUUGAAAAAGUUGUCAAAAAUGUCAAUUUUUGAAAAAAGUGUCAAAAAAUAUCAAGUUUUAAAAAAGUUGUCAAAAAAUGUCUAUUCUUAAAAAAGUUGUCUAAAAAUAUAAAUUCUGAAAAAGUUGUCAAAAAGUAUCAAUUUUUGAAACGGUUAUCAAAAAAAUCACAAUUUUUAAAAAAGGUUGUGAAAAAACUGUGAAUUUUCAAAAAAGGUUGUCAAAAAAUGUCAAUUUUUGAUACAAUUUUGUCAAAAAAUAUCAAGUUCAUAAAAAGUUGUCCAAAAAUGUCGAUUCUUGAAAAAGUUGUCUAAAAAUGCAAAUUCUGAAAAAGUUGUCAAAAAGUUUCAAUUUUUGAUAUGAUUAUCAAAAAAUCGCAAUUUUUAAAAAAGAUUGUGAAAAAACAUGAACUUUUGAAAAAGUUGUCUAGAAAGUUCAAUUUUUUAUACAAUUGUCAAAAAUGCCAAUUUUUGAAAAAGUUGUCAAAAAGUGUUAAUUUUCAAAAAAGGUCAUCAAAAAAUCUAAUUUUCAAAAAAUGUCAAUUUUUGAUACAAUUUUGUCAAAAAAUAUAAAGUUCUAAAAAAGUUGUCUAAAAAUUUCGAUUCUCAAAAAAGUUGUCUAAAAAUGCCAAUUCUGAAAAAGUUGUCAAAAAGUUUCAAUUUUUGAUAUGAUUAUCAAAAAAUCACAAUUUUUAAAAAAGGUUGUGAAAAAAACAUGAAUUUUUGAAAAAGAUGUCUAGAAAGUUCAAUUGAUUAUACAAUUGUCAAAAAUGUCAAUUUUUGAAAAAGUCGUCAAAAAAUCUAAUUUUCAAAAAAGGUUGUCAAAAAAUGUCAAUUUUUGAUACAAUUUUGUCGAAAAAUAUCAAGUUCAAAAAAAGUUGUCCAAAUAUGUCGAUUCUUGAAAAAGUUGUCUAAAAAUGCCAAUUCUGAAAAAGUUGUCAAAAAGUUUCAAUUUUUGAUAUGAUUAUCAAAAAAUCACAAUUUUUAAAAAAGAUUGCGAAAAAACAUGAAUUUUUGAAAAAGUUGUCUAGAAAGUUCAAUUUUUGAUACAAUUGUCAAAAAUGUCAAUUUUUGAAAAAGUUGUCAAAAAGUGUUAAUUUUCAAAAAAGGUCAUCAAAAAAUCUAAUUUUCAAAAAAGGUUGUCAAAAAAUGUCAAUUUUUGAAAAAGUUGUCAAAAAAUAUCAAGUUUUAAAAAAGUUGUCAAAAAAUAUCAAUUUUUAAAAGAGGUUGUCAAAAAUUGUCAAUAUCGAAGAAGUUUGUCAAAAAAUGUGAAUAUUUUGACAAUUUUAUUUUAUACCUAAUUGGCAAGUUUUUCCUCCAAAAUUCAGUUGUUUUUUCCCUAUUUGGCAAAUUUUUGAAAAGAGUUACUUAUUCGAUUUUUUUCCAAGUUUCAAAUUUCGGUUGACAAUUCACGACUUGACGUUUGUUUGUCUUUGUAUUUUUGUAGAUGCGUGAUUGUGUGCGUUUGUAGUAGCUGUAGGUACUUGGAUUAUUAUUCGUACUAAUUAUUACUCUACAAAACUACACAUGCACGUAAUAAUAUUUCACCCUCGUUAAUGUGAUAUACUAUACCUGUAAUUAUUACCUAUGUAUCGAACUAUAACGGAAAAAUAUUCGGUAAAUUUUUCAUUUUUGACUGUAAGAUGCUCGUUUCCGGUACAGUGCGCAUGCGCCUAUGUUCUAGUCCACGAGUCUUUUCUUUUCUUCUUUUUUUUUCGCUUUCUUUCUUUUAUUCCUUUUCUUGUAAUAUUUUUUGCGAUCGAGCACGAUGAAGCGCACCCUUGUACAAUGUACACUAUAUAAAUGUACUUCUUCGUGAUUGAAUAGUUACCGAAGAAAUUUCAUCGAGAGUCGAACGAGGAAUGAAAUACGUCAGAAUAUAAUACGUAGACAUACGUACCUCUCUGCUUCCUUCUUCAUUCGCUCGCGCGGUCACGUAUCGAAAAAUCGUAUUUCAACCCCCUUUGUAUACUUACUGGGGGUAACCUGGUUCUUUUGAGACGUGUGUAUUGUACGUACUACCAGCAGCAGCGAAUGAAGCAGAAAGACAGAUAGCGAUAGAGGUAGAGACUAGAGAGAGAGAGAGAGAAAAAUUCAACAUGGUGAAAGACGCGACGGAAACGAGCACAGCUUCAAUUUUUUUUCUUCUUUUUUUUUCCUCUCUGGAUGAAAAGGGUAAUUCGUUGUAAGCCUGUGCCUAUGCUCCCCUUCCCCUCCGACACGUUUUCACCCCUGGCCCUGCGUUUUGUAUAAGGCGACAUUUUUGAUUUUUACUACGGGAAUGGCUGUACUAUUUCAUUUUUUUUUCUACCUCGGCGUGAAAGCUUUUUUAUAUCGUACUUUUACGUCGUUGUUUUGAUUUUCUAGUUCGCCGUGAUUUCGAUGGUAUCGCGACCCAAGCAGAUUGAGAUAUCCUUCGACGUGCUUUACAUUCCAAAAAAGAAAAAAGUUGGAAAUUUUUUCAUUAACAACCCAGCGAAUGAAAGAAUGCGAAAACUGAGUACUAUAUAGUGGUAGAAGCCGUAUUGUGUUCAUUCUUCGAGAAUAAUACGAAAAAUAUACGCAAAUUGAUCGGUCGGUCGGUACAAAGUACGAACCCCUUUAUUUAUUUUAUUUUCAUUUUUUUUUCGAUUUUUGUUUACGUACCCAAGAUAAAUAAUACAUAUCUCGAAUUUGUUGUUAAGAAAAAAAUGUUCCCCUCUCGACUGUACGUUAUUCAAAAUAUUUUUGGGCUUUCAUAUAGACUGUUGAAAAAAAAAUCGAUUCGUUAAUACGUUAUUUGUAGUGUAGAGCUGCGUAUUAAGCGUCGAAAAUUCUACGUAGGUGGUUUCCCCCUUCCCUUUUUUGGGGGUAUAUCUUCUUAUACUUAUAAGAUGAUGUGUAAUUUAUCGCUUACCUUACGGCGUUUUGUUUUCUUUCUUUUCCGCUGUUUGUUUUCAUUUUUUUCGUUUUUUUCUGUCUCUCUCUCUCUCUAUCUGUUUCUCUUUCGUUGUCAUUGAUUUAUGAUUAUUUAUUUAUGUACACGUAAAUGCGAAUGCGAAUGCGAAUGCGAAAUUUUGUGUAACGGAUAGAAAAACUUUGUGCGGAUAAAUCGUAAGCAAAAAAUGUACAGUAAUUGGCGCGCCACGGCGGCGUGCUCCUGUUUUCUCAAUGCGUGUAUGUGUGUGUGUGUAUUCCUCUUCUUUUUAUUUUUAAUGUCUGUGAUAAUUAAUCUAUUUUGCCGUGUUUAUUUAAGAUUUACUAUUGUACUGUAUAAUCAUGAUAUAUAUAAUACGUAUAUAUAUUUAUGAUAAAAAAAAGUCGAAGAUGCGAGAAAAAGUCAAAAAAAUGUACGCGAAUAUUAUUAAAUAUUCAUUAUAUAAUAUUUACCUAUCAUCAAAUUCCUUUAAAUAAAGUUUCUGCAACGUC